CGUUUAAUAACCGGAGAAGAUGACCAAUCAAGGAUGUUAAACAUGUUUUUAGAAAAUUACGACAUACUAUGUUUCACACCUCAAAUUCUAGUAAAUAAUCUAGAAGACAACGUCAUAAAAAGCUUGUCAGAAUUUUCCUUGUUGAUACUUGACGAAUGCCACCAUACGAGAGGAGAUGGGCCUUACAGUACGCUAAUGAGAAAAUAUCUAGUGGAAAAAUCCAAAACAAAAAAAGAAAUGCCACAGGUAGUAGGUCUGACAGCCUCUAUUGGCGUGGGCAAAUCUCGAACAGAUCAGGAAUCGGUUGAUUACAUUCUGAGGGUAUGUUCUUGUCUGGACGUGAGAAUAAUUUCAACGGUAGAAAGAAAUUUUAAAGAAUUAAAGAAACAUGUCAGCAUUCCUGAUGAAGAAACAAUACAGCUUGUAAAGCAGAAAGAUGACCCUUGUAAACAUUUUAUAUUGACUGCAAUGGAAGAAACUGAAGAUAUGUUGCAAGACAAUUCAUUGAUGCAACCUGAUAUGAUUGAUCUUAUGGACACGCAGCCACGUGACCGAGAGUCUCAAGAAUACAAUAAAUGGACAGUUGAUGUAAUGAGAGCUGCACUUUUGAAGGUGGAUGACUAUGAUGUGUCCAGAGAUAUAAGUAGUUGUGCAAAAUACUUGAAUAUUUACAACUCGGCCCUAGAGGUUAACAAACUCUUGCUUUCGAGAGAUGUCAUUAAGUAUUUGGCUGAAAAACACAGACUUGAAGGGGAAAACAAAGACAAACUAACUGAGAUGGAAAAAAAGCUGUUCAAAAAUCUGCAAAAUGUGCAGAAAACAAUUAACGUUAAAGGGAAAAACACCGAAAAUCCAAAUGUGAGGAUUUUGAGCGACACCUUACGGAAGAUGCUUGAUGACAAAGGGGACGACUCAAGGGCCAUGGUUUUUGUGAAAGCAAGAGCUACUUGCAGAUCUCUUGCUGCAUUUUUGGACAGGGAUCUCCAGAGUAGUGGAGUAAAAGCGAGUCCAUUAUAUGGAAAGGAAAAUCGUGGUGGAGAUGACGGAAUGACAGAAAGUCAACAAACAGAGAUAUUAGACAAGUUUCGCAGUGGAUUCUUCAAAGUACUAGUAUGCACAUCUGUUGGGAAUGAGGGUAUAGAUGUUCCUGAUUGUAAUAUUGUUCUUAGUUACGAGUAUUCCGGAGAUGAAAUAACAAAAAUACAAAUGAAAGGUCGUGCUCGUAAGAAAAAAGCGACAACAAUCACUAUGGGAAGUGAUAAAGUAGUAGAGCAAGAAAUGAUCAAUACAUACAAAGCUGCAAUGAUGUAUAGGGCCAUGAAUACUGUAAAACAGUUGGAUCCAAAAUUCAUCAAUAUGAAAGUCAAUGCCUUCCAAAGUGAAGAAACGCAUAAAUACAGAUUUAAAGCAGAAGUUGAGAAAUUGAAAAAGGGAAGGAAGUCUGAUGAAGAUUACGCAAUUUUGUGUGGAAGAUGCAACACUUUUGCUUGUUAUGUCUCUGAUGUAAGGCAGCUUGGACAUGAUCAUAUCGUAAUUGAUAAAGAUUUCGCUGACAAGAUUACAAGAAAAGAACACAAGAAGCCGAAAACAUAUGACGGCCUACACAAAAAAUACAAGAUGUAUUGCAAGAAAUGCCCAAUAGACUGGGGUAUAAUUGGACUGAGAGAUGGCUUAGACUGCAUGAUCCUAAAGAUCAUCAAUUUCAAGUUUAGGAAUUUGCGAACACAUGGUGUGAGUACCUACAAGAAAUGGAUCGAUGUACCAUGCGCUGUUCCUGAAAUAAAGUUGGAAGAUCUUCCUAGAUUGUUAGGACCAGAGGAAACAUAAUGUUCUCGUCAGAUUUUGUAAAAAAUGUGUAUAAAUUAAACAGGUUUUCAAUGGCAUAUUUACUAAAGUUGUCAAUUGUUAAGUUACAUUUAUAAUAAUUCAUAGUGAUAAUAUGGAAGUAUGAAUAUAUUACAAUUGUUAUGAACACACUUUGAGUUUCAAUAAAAAAAGUAAUUCUGGAAAAAAAAUGAAAAGAAAGUUUAGAUUAAAAAUUGUAGAUAAUCAUUAUAAUUUUUUAAAUUCAUAUAACACAGUGAUUUUGGAAGCAAUUUAUUUAUCGAUAUUGCUUUUCAAAACGGCACAAAAUGUUGUGUUUGCAUUAAGUAUUUGUAUAUUUAAACAUUCAUCUGGACAUGUUGUAUUAGUAUUUAUUUGUUUGCCAAUGUAUUCCAUGUUAACGGAUGAUUGUGUUAAUUGACAAAAUGUUUAGCUCUUUUUAAUUGCGGUUUUUGUUUCUGCUUUUUUCUCACAAUUACUGUUAGAUCUUUCGACAUAUAUGUUACUGUUAUGCAUGCAAAAUCGAAACAUCAAUGCGUACAAAAAACUGUUAAAGGUCGGUUGUCUGCAUAAAUCACUGGAAUAUUAAAUGAAUUAUUUAUCUUUUUUAUUGGAGAAAAAUAAAAAUGUAUUCCUUAGGAAUAAGUCAAACGUUUUGGAAUUUUGAUGAAGUAAAACGCUUUAUCUUAUUUCUGCUUUGUUGUUGAAUUACUUUAUAAGUUUAAGAAUGUUAAAGGGAAAGACAAAUUAUAGUUAUGUACACUGUUUUGUAUACAUGUAAAAAUAUAUUAUAUCAGCCUAAAGAACAUGAAGACAUUAUCACUAAAUUUUAUGUACAUACGCGUACAUUUUUUUUUCUUGGUUAACGGUAAACCAACGCAGAAUAGGUCAUAUUCCGCCGGAACAGGAAAGAUGCUUCUAACUAACCUCGAUUGUUACAAUCACCAAAACCUGCACACCUGCCGGAGCUAAGAGAUGCAUAGACUCCAGUUAUUUAAUCAUUUUAAUCGCCUCGUACAAUCAAGCAGGAAUAAACGGUGGCUGCCUCGACCAUUUAAGGCAACCCAUCAGCGAGAUGUGAAAACUCCUGUCAAUAUUGAUUAUCAAUGACUGCAACAUACAUAAGAAAAUUAUUUCAGAACCGAACAUUCCAAAGAGGGAUAUUUUGAGUGAUAUCUCCAGUUUUCAGCAAAUUAUAAGCCUAAGUGUGCAUUCCUUAAUACCUUUUAUAACAUUACAUGAAAAAUACACGACAACAGUUAAAAUUAUGACAAUAUUGUUCGCUAAUAUACAGAAGAAUAUAACCGGAAUUAGA